AUGAUGUCAGGGAUCGUGGUGAAAGCCUUCGACGACGGCACCAAGCACCGGCCCUUCGGGCACUGCCUGGUGGCUGGCGUGGACCGCGCGCCGCUGAAGGUGACCAGGAAGAUGUCCAAGAAGAAGAUCACGAAGCGCACCAAGGUGAAGCCCUUUGUCAAGUACGUGAACUACAAUCACGUCAUGCCCACAAGGUAUCAGGUGCCGAGUGAGCUGUCCCCUGCCUCCAUUGCCACGGACCAGCAGAUGGACACGCCGGAUGGACGAAAGGAGGCUCGCAAGUUCGCAAAGAGCCGCUUGGGCUGCAUUUCAGCCAACGCUUUGAGUCGGCACGGCUUAGGCCUCCUCCAGGAGAAGUUUGCGGCGCCACCCCCGGACAAGGCCGGCCGGCCCUCGAAGGCGCGGGCUGAGCGAUGCGGGGCCAGCUUGGCCGGGGCACAGCCCUGGCAACCCAGCCCUCCACAGCCCAGCCAUGAGCCUAUGCUGGCUCCUCGUGCUGCGUGGCGCGCUGCCUGCCGGCCGCCCUCAGCGCCAAUCCUUGCGCCACGGAAGAGCUCCAGGUGCAGGCAUUUGAGCCGGCUGCAUCGGAGAGCAGAACCAGACAGAUGGGUGGCAGUAGCAGUUAGCGUUCUUCUAUGGGAAGUCUUGAUUGUGGCCCUCGCGUUGCUGGCGGAGGUUGGGAGCCAAUGUGCCCCGAGGAAGCGGAAAAGUGGGAACGAGAUCCCAAGCCUCAUCCCCACCAUCGAGGAGCUCAGGUUGGGCUUGCACGGCGUGCGCGGCGCGUUGCUCGAAGAGAAGGAGAAGGAAGAGCCUUGGUCGCCCCAGAAGGACGACCUGGAGGACGGCAUCAUUCAGAGCAUCCAGAGCCAGCAGCUGGAGUUGGGCUUCGCAUCCCCGCUCACGGGGCGAGCAAAAGCUGGACUCGUCGUCUCUUCCGGCGUGCCUGAGCAAGCAGAGGUUGCCUGGAAUUUGCUGAAGAAGUUCCUCACCAUUGAGGAGGACCGGCGCUUCGUGCGGUCCAUGGUGGUGUCCCUGGCCUGCCUGCCGGAGGCCACGGCCAAGUUCUGGAAGCGGAAGGCAGCGCUGUUGCUGACCUUGGCACGCCUGGGCGCAGACUGCAGCUCCCUAGUCGCUGCGCUUCUCUUGGAUGCGGAGCUGGAGCUGGGCGCUUCCUGGGAGCGGCAGACGCUCGAGAGCGCAGGGCGUUUGGGCGCAGAAGUGGCGGAGCUCUUGCAGGAACGCAAGGCCGUGGGCGAGCUGGUGGCGCUGUUUGACGAUUCUGCAGCUGCAGACCCUGAAGGAGGUUGUGAAGCCCUGGACACCUGGCCAGCCAGCACGCAGCUGUGCCGCCAGCUCUUCCUCCAGAGCUGUCGAGACAGCAGACCGGUGCUCUUGGAAUUGGCGAGCCGCGCGCUUCUGAUGGCCGAGCUCUCGGCCCAGCAUGGGGCCAGGCCUUUGGCCAGGACUACUUUGGAGUUCCACGCGCCCAUCGCUCGGGCGCUGGGCUACGAGUACCCGGACGGGGCUAGCUUCCUGCCUCUGCCGCACUGCGACACGCUGCCGGCCACCUUGGAGCACUUUGGCCUUCAGCUGCUCUACCCCUCGGAGUACCGCAUGGUGGUGGACUGGUUUGAUCGGGAGUUCGACUUGCUGGAAGACAUUCUGGAGCACGGCAUUCGUGUGGUGAACACGGCCUUGGGCAACGAUCGCUCGUUUCAAUCCCUGGCGUCUGGCUACAAGGUGAGCAGCAGGGUGAAGUCACCGCAAAGCUUGAUGAAGAAGCUUCUUGAAGGCCGACGGGUCAAUGAUCUGCUCGGCAUGGAAGUGGUUAUUCAGCCACGGCACCUUGCUCAUGGAAAGGGCGAGAUGGCGGCUUUGGCGGCUGCCAGCGGCAUCCUGCGGUAUGUCUCCAGUGUGGAGAACGGCUGGAUUGUUGCGCCCAAGUCUUUCAAGAACUACGUGCUGCGGCCAAAGAAGUCCGGCUACCAGGCAAUUCACCUGACACUUGUUACUGAUUUCUAUGUGGCCUUCAGCUCCACCCGAGCACCCUGCCAACUGGAGCUGCACAUUUUUACGCAGCAGAUGAAGGAUCAGGAGCUGCGUGGCCCUGCAUCGCACGCCAGCUACAAGUCCUUCCCCCUGCGCCCCGAAGUCCUGAUGGAGAAGUUGGGCGACGGAGGUGUGGUGUCCAUGGAUGAUGUGGCGCAGCAGAGCUUUGAGUCUCCAGAGGAGGCCACUCACAUGCUCGAGGAAUUGGCGCACAGAGCGGGCUACGAAGACACCGACAUGGACUUGGAAGACUUGGAGACGAGCAGAGCUCAUGUAGACGAGGUUGUCACGGCCUUCCAAGACCUGGUUGCUUCACAGCGGCUGAAAGCGCUGCCGGCGCCGGAAAAUGCAGAGGGCACGAAAAGGCACAAGCGCGUCCAUCGGCUCGGCAGCCAGCACGAGAUGACACUGCACCCGCCCAGCAUUUCCGUGCUCAACGCACUAGGCGUUUUGGUGCCAUGGCGAAAUCUUCCGGAGGUCUUAGCGCUCCUCUCCCCGACAUUCGUCCAGCUCUCGGCGCCUGGCCGAACCCGCGGACCCGUGGCUCGCAGGUCCAGGGGCGGUGAGACGGAUGGCAAGUUGGAGGUAGGAGAUGCUGUGAGCGCCCUUUGCCCCGAUGAUGAUCAAUGGUACCCAGGGGCGAUCGACUCUGUCAAUGAGGAUGGGACCUUCAGCGUGAAAUGGGAAGAUCCAGAGGGCGGACCUGAGACCCACAUCUUGGCCGCGGACGCUGUCAAGAAGAUUGUCAUUUUCAAGGACUACAAGGGGGGCGAGGCGAUUGAGGCGGUUUUCCCCGAUGACGGCUACUGGUACCCUGCAAAAGUGCUCAAGGCCAACGAGGACGGCACCUUUGCGGUGAAGUGGGAGGAUCCGGAUGGCGGCCCUGAGCAGUCUGAUGUGCAGCCGAAGGACAUGAAGUAUCCGCCAAUCCCCUGGGAGAAGCUGGAAGUUGGCCAAAAGUACUCGGGCACGAUCCGCUCGGUUUUGGACUUCGGCGCCUUUGUGGACAUCGGCGCCGAAGCGGACGGCUUGCUGCAUAUUUCCCGCAUCAUGAGGGGCAGGGUGGACGACAUCUACGACGUUUUGUCCGAGGGCCAGAUCGUGGACGUCUGGAUUUCUGGAAAGAAGGACGAUGGCAAGUUUGGACUUACCAUGGUGGAAGGUGUCAAGGAUGGGGAGAAUGCCCGGCCAGUCCAGGCAGAUAUCAGCCCCUUCGCCGACAUCUCCCCGGAUCAGUGGCUGCCGGGGGUAGUCGCGCGCAUCGCCCCCUUCGGCGCCUUUGUGACAGUGAACCUGGAGGAUGGCACUUCCGCGGAAGGGCUCCUCCACUUAUCCAAGAUCAAGGAAGGCUUCGUGGAGAAUGUUGAGGAUGAGCUGCAUGAGGGUCAAGAGGUGAAAGUGCGCAUCGAGUCUGUAGACCUCCACGCCAAGAGGAUGGCCCUCUCCAUGGUGGAGGCCGCCGCCGGUGGCGGGUAUCGGAAGCCCCAGGACUUCAGCGCCUUCGAAGGCAUCGACCCGGAGAGUUGGGUGGACGGCGCCGUGGCCAGCCUCGCCCCCUUCGGCGCCUUCGUGACACUCACAAAGGAUGGCAAUUCGGCAGAUGGACUUCUUCACAUUAGAGACAUCCGUGACGGCUUUGUGGAGUCCAUAGAGGACGAGCUCUCAGUGGGCCAGGAGGUCAAGGUGCGGGUGGAGUCGGUUGACGCGGCGGCUGGCAGGCAGGUGGCUCGGCCCAGCACGGAGUUUCCUGGCGGAGUUUUCAAUUCCGCUGUGUUGGCACUCCUCUAUGCCCCCGCUUUUGUGCAGCUCUCCGUGCCCCGCGCCCAACCUGCCGUGGCUCGCAGGUCCAGGGGCGGAGAAGCAGACAUCGGCAAGCUGGCGGUGGGAGAUGCUGUGAGCGCCAUUUGCCCCGAUGAUGAUCAAUGGUACCCAGGGGCGAUCGACACCAUCAAUGAGGAUGGGACCUUCAGCGUAAAAUGGGAAGAUCCAGAGGGCGGACCUGAGAGCCACAAUGUGGCUGCGGACGCUAUCAAGAAGAUUGUCAUCUUCAAGGACUACAAGGUGGGCGAGGCGAUUGAGGCGGUUUUCCCCGAUGACAGCUACUGGUACCCUGCAGAAGUGAUCAAGGCCAACGAGGACGGCACCUUUGCGGUGAAGUGGGAGGAUCCGGAUGGCGGCCCCGAGCAGUCUGAUGUGCAGCCGAAGGACAUGAAGUAUCCGCCGAUCCCCUGGGAGAAGCUGGAAGUUGGCCAAAAGUACACGGGCACCGUCCGCUCCGUUCUGGACUUUGGCGCCUUCGUGGACAUUGGCGCUGAGUCGGAGGGCUUGCUGCACAUCUCUCGCAUCAUUGAGGGCAGAGUGGACAACAUCUAUGACCACCUGUCCGAGGGUCAGACCGUGGAUGUGUGGAUCGCUGGCAAGAGGGAGGAGGGGAAGUUUGGACUCACCAUGAUUGAGGGCCAGAAGGAGGGGGAGAGGUUUCGACCAGCGCAGGUGGACAUGGCCCCCUUCGCCAGCGUCAACCCGGAUGAGUGGCAGAAGGGCGUGGUCGCACGCAUCGCCCCCUUCGGGGCCUUCGUGACGGUGACACUGGAGGACGGCACCUCUGCGGACGGGCUGCUCCACUUGUCCAAGAUCAAGGAGGGCUUUGUAGACAACGUCGAAGAUGAGCUGUCGCUGGGUCAAGAGGUGCAGGUGCGCAUCGACAACGUGGACCUCGAUACCAACAGGAUGGCCCUCUCCAUGGUGGAGAGCGGCUUUGGCGGCGGCGGCGGCGGCGGCAUGCGGCAGCCCAAGGACUUCAGCGCUUUCGAGGGCAUGGACCCAGACACCUUUGUGGAGGGCAAGGUGGCCUCCAUCGCGCCCUUCGGCGCCUUUGUGACAAUCACCAAGGAUGGCGCUUCAGCAGAUGGACUUCUUCACAUCAGAGACAUCCGCGACGGCUUCGUGGAGUCUGUGGAAGACGAGCUCUCAGUGGGUCAAGAGGUCCAGGUGCGCGUGGAGUCUGUGGACACUGCAGCGGGCAGGAUGAGUUUGUCAAUGAAGCCCAGUUCCUUCUAA